AUGGCGAUCGAGAUUUUCCCCGACAGCCCCAGCCUCGUCAUGAGCCCCCGCAUCUCAUUUUCUCACGAUCUCACCCAAUCCGACGUCGUCCCCGUCGAGCAGUACGUCUCGCCGUCCUCGACCGUUGAUUUCGAUUUCUGCGUUUUCCGUGGAAGCUUCGAUCUGGACCAGCCCUCCUCCGCCGACGAGCUCUUCUCCGGCGGCAAGAUCCUCCCCAUUGAGAUCAAACGCCGACUCGCGCCCCCCAAGAAAUUUGAAGAGCCCCUUCCGACGCAUCCGCCGCCGUACGCCCCCAUCCGGUCCCCGCCUCCCCCGAAAUCCGGUGCCAAAAUCGCGGCCGCAAGCCCGGAAUCUGAGGAAAAGCAGAGGUCGUUCUGGCGGUUCAAGCGCAGCACGAGCUUAAACUGCGGCAGUGGCUACGCCCGCACCCUCUGCCCGCUUCCGCUCCUGUCGAGGAGCAACUCGACGGGGUCCGCCGCAAGCGGGAAGCGGACCUCGGCGGCCGGUAACCAGAAGCAGACUUUUGUGAGGGGAAAUUCAUCGAACACCUCGCAGAAGCAAGGUGGAUACAACUCGAGGCCGCCAUUGAAGAAGAGCCACAUAGCCAAUGGGGUUAAGUUCAAUCCACUGAUGAAUGUUCCGCCGGCAAAUUUCUUCGGGCUGGGGUCAUUUUUCUCCGGCGGCCGUGUUUCGAGGAGGAAGAAGUAA